AUGAAGGACCUCCCCACUCGCCUGCAUAAAGACAGGCUGGAGACUGAGUUUGCCAAGUUCAUGGCAAUGUUGAAGCAGGUCAACAUCAGCAUGCCGUUCGUGGAGGCACUGUCGAAGAUGCCCAAGUAUGCCAAGUUCAUGAAGGACCUCCUCACCAACAAGAAGAAACUUGGGGAUCUUUCAACAGUGAUGCUGAGCGAGGAGUGUUCUGCCAUCCUGCAGAACAAGCUGCCCGAGAAGCGAAAAGACCCAGGGAGUUUCACUAUCCCUCUUGUUAUUGGCAGCAUGCAUGUAGGGAAGUCCUUGGCGGACCUAGGCGCUAGCAUCAAUGUCAUGCCUUAUAAAUUGUUUAAGAAGCUAGGCCUAGGUGAACCUAGAACUACUAGGAUGAGCAUUCAGUUAGUUGAUCGUUCUAUCGUGCAUCCUAGGGGUAUCAUUGAGGACUUGCUUGUUAAUGUGGGUGCAUUCACAUAUCCUGUUGACUUUGUUAUUUUGGAUAUAAAUGAGGAUGUGGAUGUACCUUUGAUUUUAGGUAGACCGUUUCUCGCCACCGCCAAGGCGCUUAUUGAUGUGCAUAGUGGUAAAUUGAUUCUGCGUGCUGGUGAUGAACAUGCUACUUUUUCUGUGUCUGAGAAUGGGAAACACCCUCAUUUGCAUGAUGACAUAGAUUACUGUGAUAUGCUUGCUGAUUAUGAGACCGCACUCGCUAUCACGAGUGCGGGUACUGACGACGUUCUUGAGUGUUGUAUUUUGCUAGGUGAGCAGGCAUCGCAGGAGCCGCAGCUGGCGGAGCAGUUGGCCGAGUUGGAGAGUGGCCCCUUCUUGGAGGGCGACAGACUGUUUAAACCGAUCUCAUCCUCCACCCGCAUCGCUACUUCCUUGGAGGAACCACCAGAGCUGGAGCUUAAGCCCCUCCCUACUCAUUUGGAGUAUGCAUUUCUCCGGGAGGGGAAUAAGCUGCCAGUCAUCAUCAGCUCGACCCUCACACCCGAGCAGAAGACCAGACUGGUGACCUUGCUGAAGCGGUAUGAGCGAGCCCUCGCAUGGAAGAUCACAGACAUCCGGGGGAUCAGCCCUUCUUUCUGCUCCCACCGGAUACUGAUGGAGGAUGAGAUGCGGCCAGUGAGACAGCCGCAGAGGAGACUGACACCGAACCUGGAGGCUGUGGUUCGGGCAGAGAUCGUGAAGCUGCUGGACGCGGGGAUCAUCUUCGCCAUUUCCGACAGCGAGUGGGUCAGUCCCACCCAGGUGGUCCCUAAAAAGGGUGGAAUAACUGUGGUGCCUAACGAGAAGAAUGAGCUGAUCCCGAUGCACACGGUGACUGGGUACCGUGUCUGCAUUGAUUACCGGCGUCUCAACGACGCCACUCGAAAGGACCACUUCCCGCUACCAUUCAUUGAUCAGAUGCUGGAGAGACUGGCGGGGCACGAGUUCUACUGUUUCCUGGAUGGGAUGUCCGGGUACUUCCAGAUCCCUAUUACACUGGAGGACCAGGCGAAGACCACUUUCUCCUGCCCCUUCGGCACCUUUGCAUACUGGAGGAUCCCAUUCGGGCUAUGCAAUGCCCCGGCUACUUUUCAGCGAUGCAUGCUCGCUAUCUUUGACCGUCUGGUCGGCGAGAUUAUGGAGGUGUUUAUGGACGAUUUCUCGGUUUAUGGAGACUCAUUCUCUCACUGUCUCCAUAACCUGGAGCUUGUCCUUAAACGGUGUGAAGAAACGAACCUGGCACUGAGUUGGGAGAAGUGUCACUUCAUGGUUCGAGAAGGCAUAGUUCUUGGGCAUAAGAUCUCCAAGAUGGGAAUUGAGGUGGACAGAGCGAAGAUCGAGACUAUCAGCAAGCUGCCUCCUCCUACAUCUGUUAAGGGGAUCCGGAGUUUUCUUGGUCAUGCAGGGUUCUACAGGCGGUUCAUCAAGGAUUUCUCGAAGAUUGCUCUGCCCCUGACUAAGCUUCUAGAGAAGGAUGCCCCCUUCCAGUUCACUGAUGCGUGCACAGCGGCUUUCACGACCUUGAAGGAGAAGCUCACGCAAGCUCCUAUCAUGGUUGUUCCUGACUGGUCCCUGCCAUUUGAGAUUAUGUGCGAUGCCAGUGACUUUGCUGUUGGAGCUGUGUUGGGGCAGAGGCGAGAUCAGCAUUUCCGACCUAUCUACUACGCCUCGAAGACCUUGAAUGAUGCCCAGGAGAACUACACCACCACGGAGAAGGAGCUGCUCGCGGUGGUGUUUGCCUUCGAUAAAUUUCGUCCUUAUCUGGUAUUGUCCCAUGUGACUGUGUAUACUGAUCACUCCGCGAUUCGAUACUUGAUGAGCAAGGCUGAUGCCAAGCCUAGGCUCAUACGAUGGAUCUUACUGCUGCAGGAGUUUGACAUUGAGAUUCGGGACAAGAAGGGAGCGGAGAAUGUUGCUGCCGAUCACCUCUCCCGGUUGGACGCACCCCCUGCGGACAACCUCGAGGAGGAGAUCAAUGACUCCUUCCCAGAUGAGAGACUGAUGAUGAUGUGCCUGGUGGAGAGUGUCACCCCCUGGUAUUCUGAUUUUGCAAAUUAUCUUGUGGGCCAGCAGCUGCCCAAGGGGAUGACAACUCACGCCAAGAGGAAGUUCUUCUCCGAUCUGAAGUACUACUUCUGGGAUGACCCUCAUCUCUUCAGGAUCGGAGCCGACGGGAUCAUCCGUCGAUGUGUUAUGGAGAGUGAGAUGGAGGGCAUUCUAUCUCACUGUCAUGAAGGUCCUGCUGGCGGUCACCACGGAGGAAACCGCACGGCGAGGAAGGUGCUCCAGUCGGGCUUCUACUGGCCCACGCUCUUCAAGGACGCAGACGCCUUCGCACGCAGGUGCGACCGAUGCCAGAGGUCAGGUAACAUCUCUGCCCGUGAUGAGAUGCCCCAGAAUGUGUUUAUUACUUGUGAGAUUUUUGAUGUCUGGGGUAUCGACUUUAUGGGCCCCUUCCCUCCAUCCUUUGGUAAUACAUAUAUCCUUGUUGCUGUUGACUACGUCUCUAGGUGGGCUGAGGCGCAAGCUUUGCCCACUAAUGAUGCUAGACGUGUUUGUGAUUUUUUGAAGCAGCUAUUCUCCCGGUUCGGGACACCUAGAGCCAUCAUAAGCGACCGAGGCACCCAUUUCCAGGGUCAGUUCGACAAAUUGUUGUCUCGCUAUGGUGUAACUCAUAAGGUGUCCGUGGCCUACCAUCCUCAAACCAGUGGCCAGGCCGAGCUGACGAACCGGGAGCUCAAGCGUAUCCUGGAGAAGACGGUGAACCUAUCCCGCAAGGAUUGGUCAACCAAGCUCGAUGAUGCUCUGUGGGCAUAUCGCACUGCCUACAAGACGCCCAUUGGUACCUCACCGUACCGGCUUGUCUAUGGAAAGGCUUGCCAUUUGCCCGUGGAGCUAGAGCACAAGGCCUUCUGGGCCCUUAAGCUGCUAAACCUGGAUGUUAGUGUUGCAGGUGUUGAGCGAAAAAUGCAGAUGUUGGAGCUGGAAGAGUGGCGUUACCACGCCUAUGAGAACACCAAGCUGUACAAGGAGCGCACUAAGCGCCUGCACGAUGCACGGUUGGGGGGUCCGAAAGAGUUCCAGGUUGGUGAUCGAGUUCUCCUUUAUAACUUUCGCCUGAAGCUCUUUCCCGGAAAACUCCGUUCCCGGUGGUUUGGACCUUUCACGGUCACCCAGGUGUUCCCGUAUGGCACGAUUGAAAUUGCCAACCCGCAAACUGAGCCGUUUAAAGUAAAUGGCCAUCGCCUCAAGCUCUACCUGGGAGGCGAGGUCGAACGUGCGGAGUUGGCAGUGGAGCUGGCUGACCCUUAG